AUGUGUGAUGUAGUUUUUUAUUUUACUGUUCUAGCAAAUGUUGGAAACUACUAUUAUGGACAAGGACAUGUGAUGAAGCCCCAUCGCAUUCGAAUGACCCAUCAUCUUCUAUUAAACUAUGGUAUUUACAGAAACCUUGAAGUUUAUCGUCCGUUUCCAGCAACAUUUGAAGAAAUGACGCGAUUUCACACCAAUGAAUAUAUGAUGUUUUUACGAACGGCUACGCCGGAUAAUUUGAAACAAUUUAAUAAACAGAUGUUGAAAUUCAAUGUUGGUGAAGAUUGCCCGGUUUUCGAUGGUUUAUUUGAGUUUUGUCAGUUGUCAUGUGGUGGAUCUCUAGCAGCAGCUGUGAAACUGAAUAAGCGGAAGGCAGAUAUUGCGAUAAAUUGGAUGGGAGGAUUGCAUCAUGCUAAGAAAAGUGAAGCCAGUGGUUUCUGUUAUACAAAUGAUAUUGUUUUAGGAAUCCUUGAACUACUCAAAUAUCAUAAAAGAGUACUUUAUGUUGAUAUCGAUGUGCAUCAUGGUGAUGGUGUUGAAGAGGCGUUUUAUACUACUGAUCGAGUUAUGACAUGUUCAUUUCAUAAAUAUGGUGAUUUCUUUCCGGGUACAGGAGAACUAAAGGAUAUUGGGGCUGGCAGGGGGAAAUAUUAUGCAGUUAAUGUUCCUUUGAGAGAUGGCAUCACGGACGAAUCCUAUCAAAGCAUUUUUGUGCCAGUGAUGGAAAGAGUUAUGGAAACGUUUCAACCGUCAGCUGUAGUUUUGCAGAAUGGAGCAGAUUCAUUAAACGGCGAUCGUUUAGGCACCUUUAAUCUUACUUUAAGAGGUCAUGGUGCUUGUGCCCGAUUUUUUCGAGAGCGACAUAUUCCACUGAUGAUGCUUGGUGGUGGCGGUUACACACCUCGAAACGUCGCUCGAUGUUGGACUUAUGAGACUUCAAUUGCUGUUAAUAUGGAAGUCUCAGAUGAUCUUCCAUACAAUGAUUAUUUUGAGUAUUUUGGUCCCCAUUAUCGACUUCAUAUCGAUCCUUCAAAUGCUAAUAAUGAAAAUACUCCUGAUUUUCUGAGAAAAAUACAGGAAGGAGUUAUGGAGAAUUUGCGACAUUUGCCACAUGUUCCAAGUGUACAAAUGCAACCUAUUGGUGAUGAUUCCUAUGCUAAUCGCUAUAUAAAUGCGGAGGAAGCUGCGCAUGAUAACGCUAACCCGGAUGUUCGGCUGAAUAAUACAGUGAUGGAGGCAUCUGUUGAACAUCAAGGGGAAUAUUAUGAUGGUGAAAAAGAAGGAGGAGAUUUACGAAAUGAACAAUCUUACAAGCGAACAGUCACAGAAGCAGAAAUUGGCGAAAGUGAGAGAUCGAAAAAACCAAAAUUGGAGGUCACUCCUUGA